UUACCUUUUGAACUUGUGUUAAAGAUUGCCGAAUAUGUCGAAUUCAGUGAUGUCUGGUACUUGGGUACUUGCUCGCGUCAAUGUCGACUCUUAGCAUAUCAAAUAUUAAAGCAACAUUACAAUAUUGAUCUCAUUCAACCACGCAUUAUUAAUCCGUUUGGUCAUUUGGUCCAUGCCGCUGUCGCCUUUCUCGGUCGACAUGGGAUUCAGAAUCAGGCUAUUCAGCCGGCCGUCUUACAGUCUGUCGCAAACCACAUGGCUAUUGCUAUUUUUGAUCGUAUACCAAACAAAAAAGAACGAUCCGUUUCACUGGAUUUCUUACUGGACAAGACUUUGGGACUACUACUAGACCAUUUUGUCUAUGAUCCGACGCUCAAACUGAGAUUGGAAUUGAAGGAAAAUCAACCCGAAUGUAACAAAUUGGUGGAUAUCUAUGCCAUCAAAUCAACUGGCGUAUUAAUGGUGGACUUCUUGGCAACCUUGGCUCAGACCGUAAGUUCAUUGUUUGAUACCGAAGAAGCAAAUGAGAUUCACCACCGUCUAUUGAACUUUCAUCUCCAUCGAAUAUUAGAUCUCAUCAAACGUAAAUAUCAUACAUAUCAUACAAACCUCUCUUCUUACAGUCAUGAUGCGCCCAUGAUUGGUCAGAAGAAACCACAAGCUGACAAUCAGGAAUUUCAACUAUUCAUCCAAUUCCUGUGUGCAUUGAUCCAGACUGACUUGUUCACACUAAAAGAUUUGGAAGAUCUCACUUAUCAUCAUAUCACAUCCUUCUUCAUG